CACAACUCCCGAGGGUGAAAAAUCUGGGUCGUGACAAUACCUCUUCCGAAUUUAGAAGUAUUUUCUUUCAGCAAUUUUCUGUUGUUUCUGAAUAUAUUUUACCUUCUUUGACAACUCUCUCUAAUCAGGACAUGAUAAAUGAAAGAUUGAGGAGUAAUAGUGAGAGACAAAAUGACCAUCCUCCUCAGAAUGUUGCUUGGGAAGGAGAUGUAUAUUCUCAAGUCUUGGGAAAUGAAAAAAGCGGAUAUGUUCGAGGUUUGGGACUUGGUCCAACUCCUUCUAUAUUAUGGGGUAGUAAAUCCUCCAUAGGAAAUAUUGGUCCAAAUGAUUCUUCUAAUGAGGUAAAAAGGUUAGAACAAAAGGUAAUACAGUUAACGGAGUUAAAUGAAAAACAAAGUGAAGAAAUGAGUUCGAUGAAGCAUGAAUUAUCAUGGAUGAGACAAGUCAUGUGCGAAAUUGGACAGGUUCGUGAUGCCAACAGUGGCCAUGAACGAGUACCACAAGCGCAAUAGAAUCAUAGUAUUGGUGAAAAUACUCCAUCUUCUCAUGGUAUUGCUCUUUUUUUAUUGAUAAGGAUGGUAUUGCUCUUAUACUUGAAUAUGUCAACAUGGUACUCCUCUUUUGAAUUAUGCUCAAUAUGUUGCGAAUUGUGUUUUGCACCAGUUUGAUUUUAUUUUGAGUUGCUAAUGAAUGGUGAACAUUUUAUUAUUAUUCCCUCUCAUAAAAAUUGUUAGCAGAAGAAUAGGAGAAAUUGAUAUUGGUGAUAUACUAGCUAAUUGGAAUUGAGGUCUAGGAUUGUUGUUACGUUUCCAUAGGAUGUUAUAUUGACUUAGAAACUUUUAAUCUUGCCAUUGAUUUGUAUAUUAGAAGCAAAUCUGGAAAACAUCUAGCAUUACAGAUAUUAAGCUAUUGUUCUUUUGGAUACGUGCAUCCUUGGAAGGUUGUGUCUGUUGCUGAGAAGUACCAAUUUGGUUGAUUCUUGUUGCAUCUGCUUUUAACCUCAACAAUCUCAUUGUCUUGAACCUAUGACCAUUCAGGUACUAGAAUGUACUCCUUAAUUUUUUUAAUUUUAUGUCUGAAUGAGUACUGAUAGCUUGGUUAGUCAUAUUGCGUUAUGCAGUUAUUCCACCAACUGUUACUGAAGAUAAGAUAAUAUAGCCUCUCUAUCUGCACGAGUUGAAUUUGAACUUGGGAAUUGACUGAAUUGACUUAAAUGAAAUAACAUGGUUAAGGAAAUAGCUCAGUUGAUCAAGAUGGACUAUUUUCACUUUAUAUUUUAGAUGUAGACUCACAAUUUUUCUGUUUCACAUUCAACUUUUUCUUUUGAC